GACAGAACGGGCCAGGUCCCAUUGUCCGGGGACCGAGCUCGGUGCCCCGCCCCUCCCUCGGUGAAACGUCACAGCCAGUGGAUAUAAAGUGUGUGUGUGAGAGACGCGGAGAGGGAGUGUGUGUUUAAGGCAGGACUGCAGGGAGUCAGCAGAGAGGAGCAAGUGGAUGGAAAGAGCCGAGUGCAAUGAAGAGCCAGAGUUACGGCGCACACACUGCUGCUCUGUGAACGCGAGGAAGAGGAGACGGUGCCGCGCACGAGACGAGGAGGAAUGAGAAGAAGGAUCGGGAGUUUUCACACGGAGCUGAGGUCCAUUUCCAACAUGGCAAGGAUGUGCGCCGGUGCAAACGCGCAUUUGGCAAAGAUGACAUAGCACCAGAGAGGGGAAGAAAAAUGGGAUUCCUGCAGGAGAAGAACUCACUCACGACCUGAAUGAAAGGAAGAACUCGAGGGAUUCGACCCACACCGGAACUCUUGUCUUGUCUCUGUCCAUUUUUUUCUUUCUUCUUCUCUCUGACUGACGUCUUCUACUUGACAAAGUCUGCGCUGUGAGUGAACCAGGGGAGAAAAUAUGAAUCUGGGAAAAGCGCUCCUGUUUUUCCUCCUGUCCAACUUUGUGACGAUGACUCUGUCGCUGUCCACCUGCACCACCGUGGACAUUGACCACAUAAAGAAAAAGAGAGUGGAGGCGGUGAGGGGACAGAUUCUUAGUAAACUGCGACUGACCAGUCCGCCGCAGACCACAGGUCCAAGUCAGGUACCGUACCAGGUUCUGGCCCUUUAUAACAGUACCAAGGAGCUGAUCGAGGAGCUGGGCAGAGACAGACAGCAGAGCUGUGGGCAGGAUAACACGGAGACCGAGUACUACGCCAAAGAGAUUUACAAGUUCAACAUGAUCAAUGGUCCGCCAGAAAACAAUGACCUUUCCUACUGCCCCAAGAGUGUCACCUCCAAGGUGUUCCGCUUCAACGUGUCCAUCAUGGAGAAGAACUCCACCAACUUGUUCCGGGCAGAGUUUCGAGCUCUGCGGAUCCCCAACCCCGUUGCCAAGGGAAACGAGCAGAGGAUCGAGCUCUACCAGAUCCUCCAGAAAGACGAUCCCAAAGCCAAACAGCGCUACAUCGGAGGCAAGAAUGUCCUGACCAAGGGAACGCCUGAGUGGGUCUCCUUUGAUGUCACCCAGACAGUGAGGGAGUGGCUAAUGUACAGACAGACCAACCUUGGCCUGGAGAUCAGUGUGCACUGCCCCUGCCAUACCUUCAGGCCUAAUGGAGACAUUAUUGAGAACACCAACGAGGUGCUGGAGGUCAAGUUCAAAGGUAUGGAACCAGAAUACGAGGAAAGAAAGUUCAAACCAAAGGAGCAGCUCUACCCUCACCUCAUCCUCAUGAUGCUGCCACCCCACAGGCUGGACGCCCAGUCCUCGUCCCGUAGGCGCAAGAGGGCACUUGACACCAAUUACUGCUUCAACAAUUACGAGGAGAACUGCUGCGUGCGACCACUAUAUAUUAACUUCCGUCAAGAUCUGGGAUGGAAGUGGAUCCAUCAGCCUGAAGGCUACUAUGCCAACUUCUGUUCCGGUCCGUGUCCUUAUCUACGCAGCGCUGACACCACCCACAGCUCGCUGCUGAGCCUCUACAACACCCUGAACCCGGAAGCCUCCGCCUCGCCCUGCUGUGUUCCUCAGGACUUGGAGCCCCUGACCAUCCUGUACUACGUGGGUCGCUCCCCAAAAGUCGAGCAGCUCUCAAACAUGGUUGUCAAGUCCUGCAAGUGCAGCUAGAGGCCAGAGCGUCAGGGCGUGGACGGGAACUUUGGGAUGUGUGGGUUCCCAGCACUACUCAGGAGCAGAACCGAUGGUUGAUAGGUGACCUCCGGGUUUGACCUCCACAAAAACCUCUUCCGUCUGCUACAGCCUUCACCCAAGUUCCCUCACGAAAUGAUGCAGUCCCGAACUCACAACCAUUGGCAGCGUUGACCUACCAGUUUUGGUCAGCGCCGUCUGACCCACCACAGCCCCCCUUGACCUUAGACAUUCAACAUUUCCCCAUGGUUCUGCCCCAGUUUCAGCAUUUUGAACGGCUUUUACCUCAGAUCGACCUGACAGUGGUAUUAAACUCUUAUUUUCCACGACGGAGGAACAGCAAUUGUCCUGUAAUGACCACUGCAUUCCCAAGGAUAUACAUUUAUUGGAGUCCACAAUCAGAGAGUGACUGAAGCCAACGCUCCAGAGAAAGUAGAAGAAGACAGGAUCUGAACAGGGGGUCGUUUCCCUCAGCCUUGACUGACAGGACACCACCUACUGGUUCUCUGUGUAUUUAGGAUAAAAUGCUGUUCAACGACAAUAGAAUGAAAACGAACACAUGCUGGAAACCAACAUUUAUUUCAAAGUAGUACUUCCAUGGAUAUGUUUACCUCUGUAAUGCAACAGGACGGUGAUUCCAGGGAUUGUUUUGUUUUAAGUGAAACCUUUCUGUUGUAUGAGAUGAUGUAUGUCACUAAGUGAACACUUAAGUAGAUCACCAACUGUAAAUGUUUUUUUUUUCUUAUUACUCUUGAAAUCACUUUUUGAUUAAAAAAUGAACAGUUGGACUGAAUCGUUAUAUUCUUUUAUUGUUGACGAAUCUGACGGGUUUUCAGGAAGAACCGGUGAAAACAGUCGCUGGUUUGUUUGGCUGAAUAUUCAGCAGACAAACACUUAUACAAUGCAGGUUUCAAAUGAAUCCCCUCUCAGUACGUGAUCAUGAAUUUGGGACAACCUUUUUUACAAGACCCUCACACAAAUAGUGAAUUCUGACAUUUUUUGUGCACUCUAUAUUACUGUACAGGUCACAUUUCUUUUAAGACAGCAUUGAGGUCCUGUAAAUACAGAUGCUGAAAUUAGGGAUGGCUCGAUCCGAUACUCGGGAUCUUUGCACAACAUGCUGUAAACAGGGACACUAUCAGAAUGAAAAUGAAAAUGUGAAUCUUAGGAACAUGACCAACACUGGGGGAGUAGAAACUAGAGCUACAACUUUGGCCUUCAGCCUGUUUGCUGCCUCUUAUUUGCACCAAUCGUGGUGCUGCAGCCAUGCAUAUGUUGAACUUAUGUGAUGUGUACUAAACUACUACAGUUACUGUAAUGUUGCUUGCUACAAGUUGCGAACACAAGAAAUAGUCAUUUUCAUGAUGCCAUAAACACCAAUAGAGAAACAAUUCAAACACCGGGAGUGUAAACAGUGUUGUAUCACCAGAGGAAGUCAUACACAAAUAUGGUAAUUCUUAUGUAAUGCUACGUGCACUAGCUUGAGAAGAUAUGGUACAAUAGCAACACGACAUUAGAACCGAUAGUUUAACAAUAAUCACUAUAAAAAUAUCUAGAACUGUCGUCGCCCUUCCACCUCUGCGAUGUAAACUACGAUCUGCGCAAAACCACUCGAAACUGACGUGAUUAAUGCAUGCAGACAAAAUUCAAGUAUUUUUCACAUUGACGUUAUGAAUAUAUGUAAAUAUACUAUAUGCUAAAUAUGCUAAAUAUACUGGCUUAUCACACAGACGCAAUAUUCUUUUAACAAGCCCUGAGUGAACUGGUCCCAGGAUCAUCCUUAUGCGGAUGACGGUCUGCUGGUGCAGCACUGACCUUCAUUGGUCCUUACAGCUACAGAAUUGUCCUACAGUAGAAGACCAGCUGUUGAGGACGUAUAGUAUAUAAUAAAUAUUGAAACAAAUCAAUUAUUUACUCACUAUAAUAUAUACAUUUAAAAAACAACAACAACAUCUCAGUUGACAGGGAGAACUUCAAGUCAGGCAUUUUUUUUAUAUAUAUAUAAAACAUGAAGCGCCAUUCGACGAGUUACGUCAUCUUUGUAAACAGGGAGCGCACCAAGGCCAACGAGACGUUAGCUUGGAUCGGUUUCACGAGCGCAGGAUGACAAACACGUUCAGCUUCAACACAACUGCCACAGAUUUUGAUUUGUCUACAGUUCGGCUUUCAGCGAGGACUCGAAGUUCGCAAACCCAAGAAGUGAACAUGACAAGAGCAACAAGAGGUGAAGCUGCUCCGUCAGUACCAAUGAUACUCACCUAAAUCUCCACGAAGUUACAUUUUAGUGGAGAAAUAUUUUGAACUGCUAUGGAGGGCUCUGUUUGAGGAAAAAUAAAAUAUGAAUUACUAAUCUGGCAACACAAACACAUUGUCUCAUUUGUGUUAAAUAUGUUGUCUGAGGUCAUCGGGUUCUGACAGCAGAACAUUUGGUCAAAAUGAAGGGUUCUGCUACCUAUCCGAGCUGUUUUAUACGCAGCCUUAAGUUAAAAAAAGAAAAAUCUUUUAAUAGUCACAAAAUAUGAUUACAAGAGCUAUGUAACAUUAGUGCAACCAAAGGGUAAGCAGGUCCUACCAAGUAAAUCACGGGGCUUUCAUUUAAGUGCAAACCUAAGCCUUUGGGGAUUUAGAUGGUACAAUUCAAAGCGUUGUCUAUCAGAACCACUGAUCCAAGAACCUGCUCAACAGUGUUCACAAAGUCAGCAGGGGGCAGCUUAAGCGUGACGCUGCCAUGCUCAGAGCACCUCAGUGGCAACUCGGCAGCUUUUGGGUUCGUACCUGAAACCUUCCGGACCCAAGUCCACUUCCUUAACCACCAAGCCACUACUGCUCCUGCACGAGUGCCAGGAACGACCGGAGAUUUGAAUAACGUUCACGUUUUCUAACAGCCGGAGGAAGAGAACGGAGUCACUGAGACUCUUCUGAAGUUUUACUGCAUUCGUUCAAAUACUGCAGUCAUGGGAGCAGAGCCACACUUCAACCACAACUAUGGCACUGGACUGGAGUGGUACAGGUUGGAACCACAGGUGGAAGUGAGUGACAGGAACAGAAGUAUGCGGCCGCCUGUACAAACACUAGGUCAUACUGUUCUUUUCACAACGUUACAAAACUCAAGAGUGGAACCGGUUCGUGUUGCACUGGGGCUGAGUGCGUACAGUAUGUUCAAACGCUGAGUUAGGAACGCGGGCAGCAGAGGGAGAGGUGAGCUGAACAAACACCCAAUGUUUUCCGUUCUCAAAGAAUUAUUGGAUACUUUGGUAUUUUA